AUGGUGUUCAACGUGCCCGAUGGUGGCCUGUCGUUGGAUAGCUCAGCCAGGGCCAUGGCUGGGCUUCCGGCGCAGGCCUUCGGAAUUACAUUGAGCAAUAGUGUCAUCGAAGACAUGAUUGCUUGUGUUCAAAAUGGAGGGGAUAUUGAGCUAUCCGAUCAUGAAGUCAAAAUUCCAAACUCUCCCGAUUCUUACGAUUACGAUCUGUACUAUUCCGACGCAGUUUCUCCAAGAUCGCUCAAGAAGCUACCAAAUCCUGCAAUGGGUGUCUUCAUGCCCCCACGGGUCUCUAGACCUGCCGCCAAGAAGCUGGCUUCGAAAGCUCCAGUCCAAAAGACAAGCUCCAGCAAUACGACUCCAAUUUCAAGCAACGAGGCCGACGAUGCUAUUGCCAACCUCAAAAGCUCACUGGCCCGGAAGGAAGCAGAGAAGAAUACGUAUGGACACACUACCGCCGACUACUUGGAGGGCUGUGAUACUAACUUGGAAGACAGUGCUGUUGUGGUCAGUGGGUUGAUGAACUCGAAAGGCAAGGUCAAACCCCCCAAUCGGUUGCUCGACAACGCGUCCCCCAGGUCUCUUCCGCCAAGUCCUGCGCUCAGCGGAGUUCGAUCACCCUCUCUCGCACCAGGCGGCUCUGCCCUUGAUCAAGUCAAGCAACAUACAUUCCCAAUCAUUCACCAGUUGGCGGUAUCGGAGCAGAGCUUCGAGGACCUUUUUGCGCAGUGGAAUGAGGGCAGCGAAGACGAGUUCAGAGUCGCGCUGGACAAGGUUGCCGAUUUCGACAACAACAUCCAGAAAUGGACUCUGAGAAAGCGAUACUGGAAGGAACUGGACGUCUUCGAGUACGAUUAUGCCAAGGAGGAAGACCGACAAACAGCCAUCAACAAUGCGGUGAAGCAGUUCGAUCGUAUGCGAGUUGGAGUUACCGACCCUAUCUGGCAAAAGCUUCUACCGGUGGCGGAGCGCGGAAAGGGGAUAUGCCUGAGCAAACUGCAAGCCAAUUUCGCCAAAGGCCCGACAGUCCCGAAACCAAAGCCGGACGGAGCCAACGGAAGCGGAUCAGAGAGAGAGGACGCUGCGGUCUUGAAGAAAGGAAAAGGAGGCGAGCCCAUGUCAAGAUCAAGCUCCCAAGCUUCAGCUGCUGGCAAGAAGAAGCCCUCGGCAUCGGAGGCCCAAGCGAAGCGUCUCACAUCCACUACCAAGAAGACCGCACCCGCCAAAGCAUCGACGAAAGCAUCUCCGACCAAGCCUCAAGCCAAGGCGGCAGCCAGCAAGGGCGGGCGAGGACCUCUUUCCGAAGAAUUUGUGAAGGACUCGGACAGCGAGGAGGAGCCUUUGGCUAAAUCCAAAGCUGUAGCUGUCGUAGCUCCCAGGCCAGUCAAGGCUGCUCCUGCCCCGGCCGUGAAGUCAAAGGCGGCCGCCGCUGCCAAGACGGUACCCAAGGAAACCGAGAAGGACACCAUCCGAGCCGAAGUUGUCGCAAAGCCAACCAAGGCCAUCAAGCCUGCGGCGAAGCGACCACGCGAUGCCGACGAGGACGACAGCUCAAGCUCAGGUACGCCGCUCAGCAAGCGCGUCAAGGCUGGCAGCAAGGCACCCACCACGGGUGCCAACUCGACGAAGCCACGGACCGUUUCGGACGCCAGCCAGAACGGUCGUCCAAGCUCCUCGGCGCCCAAGGCGAAGAACACUUCGCCGACCAAGUCGUCGCCUCUGGCGACCCCACCACAGAAUGCGUCCGAGGUGGAGCAGGAGCGCCUGGCUCGUGCCAGGUCCGCCGAGCGAGAAAGGGAGCGCGAGCAAGCGCAAAUCCAAGCGCUGAAGAGGGACCGGGAGCGCGAGCGGGAACGUGAACGCGAACGGGUCGAGAAGGAACGGGAACGCGAGCGCAACCGCGAGAGGGCCGAAAAGGAGCGUGAGCGUGGCCGCGGCGAGAGAGCCAGAGAGCUGGGACGAGACCGGCCUCGGGCCCGCGAGCCGAGCCGGGACACCAUCAUCAGCAGUGCCAGCAGCAAUGCCGACAGCACGAUUGGCGUCCCGGUUGUUGGCAGGAAGAGGCCGGCGCCGAUGGACUCGUACUCGGAGAACCACCACCAUGCGGCGAAGCGGAUGCGGGUGUCGGCCGAGGUACUGACCAAGGCGCAGGAGUUCAAGCUGGCGUACCAGCGGUACUUGCAGCUGCAUGAGGAGCUCAACGGGUGGGAUUCCCCGCCAGAGUCGAAACUGCACGAUUUUGUCGAGAUGCACGAUCGGUUGCAGAGGAUGAAGAGGGCUAUUUAUCAGGAUGUUGGGGAGGGUUGA